CCCCCUUUUCCCGGUGCGCAUGGCUCAUGGCUCUUUUCUCGCAAACUGUGCAGCAAAGAAGACAGAGCCUCACGCGGCCACUAGCAGAACUUCUCGAUCAUUCGCCCUUUUUCGUCAAAAAUGGCUGCACAAUUGGUCCGCAAAGCGUUCUCCACGGCUGUGCCGCUCGCCCGUCGCUACAGCAGCGAAGUGCGGACUGUAACCCUUAUUCCUGGUGAUGGCAUUGGACCUGAAAUUUCUGCCGCAGUGCAGAAGAUUUUCGCAGCAGCUGAGGUGCCCCUCCAGUGGGAGUCGGUCGACGUGACACCUGUCCGAGGCCCUGACGGUAUGUUUGGAAUUCCACAAGCCGCCAUCGACUCUGUUAACAAAAAUAAGGUUGGACUUAAGGGCCCGUUGAUGACCCCCGUGGGAAAGGGUCACCGAUCCCUCAACCUGGCCCUCAGAAAGGAGUUCAAUUUGUACGCGAAUGUGAGGCCAUGCCGAUCUCUGGAAGGCUACAAAACCUUGUACGACGAUGUUGACGUCAUCACCAUCCGAGAAAACACUGAGGGCGAAUACUCUGGCAUCGAGCACGAAAUUGUUGAUGGAGUUGUACAGAGUAUUAAGCUCAUCACUGAAGACGCUUCCCGCCGAGUAGCUGAAUUCGCUUUCCAGUACACCAAAGAAAAUAACAGAUCUAAAGUGACUGCAGUUCACAAAGCCAACAUCAUGCGAAUGUCCGACGGCCUCUUCCUGCACUGUUGCCGCGAGGUUGCAGAAAAGUACCCUGACGUGAAGUUUGAGGAAAAGUACCUUGACACCGUGUGCCUCAGCAUGGUCCAGGACCCCAGACAAUACGACGUUCUUGUGAUGCCCAACUUGUACGGUGACAUUCUGUCUGACAUGUGCGCCGGACUUGUCGGAGGUCUCGGCCUCACCCCCAGCGGAAACAUUGGCCUGAACGGCGCUCUAUUUGAAUCUGUUCACGGCACCGCUCCUGACAUUGCUGGCAAGGACUUGGCCAACCCGACCGCGCUGCUGCUCUCAGCCGUGAUGAUGCUGCAGUACAUGGGCCUUAACUCGCACGCUGAGAAGAUCCAGAAGGCUUGCUUUGAAACCAUCAAGGAGAGCAAGUUCAGAACAGGAGAUCUUGGAGGAUCGGCCAAGUGCUCAGAGUUCACCAACGAAAUCUGUCGCAAGAUCGCUGGUUAAGUCGCUGUUCCAAAAUCUGAUUCUUAGUAUGCAGUAAAGGUCUGCCCUGAUCAAACAGUAGGUUAAGCGAAAAGGCUGAAGGCAGGUCUCGAUUCAUUUCCUCCUAAAAGUACAGACUUAAAGUAUUCACUCAUAUUACGCAAUGCAGGACAGCUUCAAAUGUUAACUCGAUGUAUUAUAAUAUUUUAACCUCAGCCACUGUUAAGUAUUGUUUUAAUGUUGGUUGCAAUCUCAGAGCGAAUCAAAAUUCUCGUUCUUGCCAAUUUAAUGAAAUAAAAUCGCAAACAAUUAAAGCCACUGUGUUGAUUUUGUACGUCGUUCAUUAACACCAACUUAUUUACUUGUUAAUGAGAGGGAGGUGUGAUGUUUAAAGACCUAGUCAGACUUAAUGAGCAUUUGGGCUGUUGUCAUGUUAUACAAUAAAUAAAAUAAAACAUUAAGCGUUA